AUGGUUUUGACAGGCAUCGAUCGGCCGAUAGGUUUGCCAAUUGAAAUUCCAGCUCUUGCGGCUGAUUCAUCCAAUUUGAAUGGAGGAUCCGUCGAAGAGGAUGCCGAUUAUGUGUAUAGGGAGCCCUGGUACGCGACUCUUGGCCAGAUACUUAUACCGUUUAUCAUGGCCAGCAUGGGCACCAUCACGGCUGGCGUAAUGCUGGGUAAGGUGGAAAACUGGACCGUUUACAAGGAGAUGAACGAACUGUUUGUCCUGGUGCCCGGAUUGUGCGGUCUCAAGGGCAAUCUGGAUAUGUGCGUGGCGGCACGACUGUGCACCCAAUCCGCCAUGGGGAAUAUGCGCCAGAAAUCGGAUAUACGCAAAAUAGUUAUUGGCAAUUUGGCCGUGGUUCAGGUGCAGGCCAUAGUGUGCUCACUGUUCCUGGUCAUCUUUACGGUGGUGCUCAAAUCCAUUAUUGGGCGCACGCUAAUGGUCCAGAAUCUUUUGACGCUGGCAGCUUCAGCCAUUAUUACGGCAUCUACAUCCUGCAUAAUACUGGACACGAUGCUGCUGCUGAUUAUAUUGUUCUCGCAGCGAUAUCGCUUCAAUCCCGAUUACAUGGCCACGCCCAUUGUGGCCUCCAUUGGCGAUGUGACGUCCAUUAGCUUGCUGUCAUUCACAGCCGGAUUUCUGUACGAGAUGGAUAAGAGCUCCAGUUGGGUUAACAUACUGAUUCUUGGAUCGUACGUGGCGAUACUGCUGCCAUUAAUGGUCAUUCUGGUGUGGCAUAAUGUCUAUACGCGACCGGUGCUGUUCUACGGCUGGAUAUCUGUGAUUGGGGCACUGUGCAUUAGCGAGUUUUCUGGAUUUGUGCUCGGCUCAUCAGCGGAACAAUAUCGAGGAUUUGCCGUCUUCUCUCCUAUCAUCAAUGGGAGCGGUGGCAACCUGGGAUCCGUCCAGGCGAACAAUAUGAGUUCCUUGCUCUACCAGCGCAGCGGAGUGCUUGGCACAUUGCCGGAAGGCACGCGAAUUUGUGAGUCGCCACAUCGUGUACUUUGCUAUGGCACAAUAUAUUCGCGUGUUUCCCGGAUUGUCAUUGCCAUUUCGCUACCCUGUAAUUUAAUGCAAGUUUAUCUGGCCGACUACAUUUACACGCUGAAUUCAAACGUACAUAUAGUGUUUGUGGCCGCAUUUGUUUUAGCAAGCUUAUUGCAAUUGCUGAUCCUUUUGUGGACCGCACACUUGCUGGUGCAUAUGCUCUGGUACUGUAAAAUCGAUCCGGAUACCUCGGCCAUACCAUUUUUGACUGCCUUUGGAGAUAGUCUGGGAACGGGCCUUUUAGCGGUCAUGUUUUACAUAUUACAUUUCACUCGGUAUUCCUAUCGGACGAACUAA